UUCGCUGUCGCUAGAACGAGGCACCUACUGCCGUAGGGGCUAGACCAGAGUUGGAAGUUGUGUGGAAAAGCGGCUCGGGGUCAGCUCUUGGGGAGAGGGCUAGCCAGAAUGGCUGGCACUGUACUUGGAGUGGGUGCAGGAGUAUUCAUCUUAGCACUGCUCUGGGUGUUGGUAUUGCUGCUGUGUGGACUGUUAUGCAGAGUCUCUGGUCUAGCUAGGUUCUUUGUCAUUUUUGUUUUCCUUGCUGCUGUGAUCAUCACAUCCGUUCUGUUGUUGUUUCCCCGGGCCACUGAGGUCCCAACCCCAGAGGUAGAAAUUAAGAUUAUGGACAAGUUCUUCAUUGGCCGUUAUGUUCUACUGGCUUUUCUCAGUAUUUUCUUCCUUGGAAGCCUCUUCUUGGUUCUAAUUCACCACAUCCUGGAGCCAAUCUAUGCCAAACCACUUCGGUCAGACUAAGGACUAUUCAAAGAAAUAACACAAACUACUCAUUGAACAGAGCUGCUGCUCAGUUUUGCAUGGGCGGCUUCCAUAUCUUGGAUUUGGCAUGAAUUCCAUGAGUAUUGGGAUUCAUCUAAGGAACUAUGGAAUUAUGCCAGUGGGGAUGGAUUCUCAUCGACUUAAGAGAAAUGGUAAUGUCUUCACAAUCAUCCUGAAUGACUGCACAUCACAUCCUCUUUUUAUACCUCAGUUUUCCACCUAUUUAGAAUCAGAAGAGUACAUAACUGUUUUGGAGUGGGACUUAAAUUAGACAAGAUAAAAUGUAAUGAUUUAUAGGAAGAAAAUGUUUGCUUCUAGCUGGCAGAAGGCAAAAAUCAGGUACUUUCUGGUCUGUGAAACUAUUGCUUUCAAAUUAUAGUUCAUUUGGAAGGGAGGUACACUUAGAUCAAAAGUGUUACUUUCAUAUUUGGAAAACUUUGUAUAAUAGUUAUUGACAACUUUAUGCUAGAGAACUCUAAAAAAGAUAUAGGUCUCAUAUCCUAUCUAAUAAAAACAGUUAACACUAUCUUUUAUGUAUUCCAAGUUUGAUUAGAAGUGAGAGAAGAGGUAGGGAAUAGUAGUCCUCAUUUUGGCAAUGAAUAAAUUGAAUAUACAUUGCA